AUGAUGAUGAUGGGCAUGUCUGAUGCCGUGAUGUGUAGGGCUUUCUACUCCACGCUCAUUGGUCGAGCGGCGGAAUAUUUUAGAACGCUACAACGGGGCUCCAUUUCUGAUUUUGCCAGUUUGGCGGCAAAGUUCAUGCGGAAGUUUGUCACUUCCAAAGUUAUUCGGAAGCCCUAUAUGUACCUCGAGAAGGCCAAGCAGUUGGAGAGGGAAAGCUUGACAGAAUUUAUAGUCAAGUGGAAAGCGGCGGUCGGGGAGGUUAAGCCGAUGGACGAUCUGACGGCUAUCCACAUGUUGCAUAUUUCCCUUUGGGCCGAUUAUCUUUAUCAGGAUUUUAUACUCCACCCUCCAACCACUUAUGAAGACGCCCUCCGAAGAGUGACGGAUUACACAAAUGCUGGUGAGGCAAAUUCCGUCAAGAGUUCGCAAGAGGUCGGGACAUCAUCCCGGAAGCCUUCCGGUCGGGCGGAUCAUCAGUCAGAAGAUCAUUCCCGACCCCGUACCCAACCAGGAGAGUUCUCGGCGUUGAACCGAUCAGCGGCGGAGGCCAUGCAAUACGCCCAGUCCUGCAACCAUAUCCGUUUGCCUCAGCCGGGACUGGAUUGGCCCGAUAAGUCCAAACAUUAUGCCUAUCAUCGGUGCGCAGGACAUGACACGGAGAAGUGCACACAUUUAAAACAGCUGUUGGAGGAUUUGCUUAACUUGGGAAAGCUGGACAAAUGUGUGGGGAAAAGAGAAGAGAACAAAAGAGUGGGCGAGAAAAAAGAUCAAAGGCGAUCUCAUCAUCGCUCCGAUCGCAGAGAUCAAGAUCGGCGAGAUCCCGAUCCUCCAUCUAGUUCCCGACCGGCGUCCAAACCAACCAUCCACGUCAAAUUCGGAGGUUUGGAAGAUGCUUCCCGCCCUCGGGAAAGUUGCCCGGUCGCGAUCGUCGACUCCCGGGACACAGGUAAGAGACAAAAGAUGGAGCCCAUCACCUUCACUCUGGAAGACCAGCCGGAAAGCGGCGAUCAUGGAAUGGAAGCCCUGGUUAUCACGAUUGACAUUAUGAGAACCGAUGUUCAGAGAGUAAUGGUGGACACCGGGAGCAGUGUGAACGUCCUUUAUUUGGACGUGUUCGAGAAGCUGAAAUUGUACAAGCAGGAAUUGAUUCCGAUCGGUGUUCCGUUUUCAAGAUUUACCGGGGCCACCAUUCGCCCCGAAGGCAAGAUUAUACUCCUGGUUGAGAUCGGCACCCCACCAAAGUCAGUGAAAACGGAGCUGGAAUUCGUUGUGGUCAACCUUCACUGUGUCCACAACGUCAUCUUAGAUCGACCGGCCAUUAUGAGGGUCGGCGGGAUCGUAUCGAUGUCUCACUUGUGCAUGAAGUUCCCCACCCCUGCCGGGGUUGGAGUUGUGCGAGGCGAUGUCCAAUCGACUAGGAAAUGCUACACCCGGGCAGUCAAUCGACGUGAGGCUGGUUCUUCCCGAGUGAACACCAUUAUCAAGGAAGCCGUCGGAGAUCGAAAAGAACAACCCGAGCCCUCCGAAGAGAUUGAAGAGGUUCCUUUAUCUGAGGAAUGA